AUGAGCCGACAAACCCGCGAAAUGGGCUCGCUAUCAACCCUCCUCUUAUCAUGUCUUCAACGAAAACAGAGACCGACAACGGAGCCAGACGAGCGUCCGCCUGUGCCUGCGAAGGAGACGGUUCCUAUGUCUAGUCUUUCGAACUCGAACUCGAAUUCGAAAUCCGUCGCUUCGCCUACGUACACGUACACGUAUUCAUAUCGACAGAACGAGCAGUGUCCGUCUACCGCACCUGAACCACAGUCCGGGACUGAGAAGGGAAAGAUAAGCAACACCGGCACCGGCAAUGCAACCAAGCUCAGCAAAAGAUCAUCGAUUCGGAUCGUGAAUAGUCAUGAUUCCGAGAGCACGCUGGUUUCAUCAUCCUCGUCCACAUCGGAAGGACAUACAUUGGCCGGGUCGAGGAACGUAUCUCGGUCCGGGAGCGAGGAGAAGGACAUCGAAGCUGGAGGAGGAAUUGAGGGAGGAAGAACUGUGUCUGCGAUUAUCGAAGCAGGGCUCGAGGACCUGGAGAGGCAGAUUAAGUCUGAUUCUGAGAGACUUGGGCCCAAGAGGAUCGCGCGGAGUUGCUCACUGCCGGAGAUCAAGAGUCGAGUGAUUGAAGAUAUCCCGGAGGAGGAUGAGAUAGUAGGGAAUGGGACAGGGGCAGGGCAGCGGCAACAGCAUCAGCAACAUCAACAGGAGAAGGAGCUGCCCUCUCUGCCGAAAGAGGUAGAAAAGGUCGAAAAGGAAGCAGAUGAAGAAGAGGAAGAAGAGCUCAGCACCAAAUCCAGAUCUCUGCGCGACAGCUUCAGACUCAGCGGCCGCAAGUCCCUCAUCGAAAUGGUACAUUUCCUACAGCCACCAAGCAACCGCUUCAGUGCCCUGAAGAUCCCGAUUCCCCCGAAAUCACCACUCCGGAAAAAGGCCUCUGCCAGCUCGAUGCCCUCCCCUUCAGAUCUCCUCCGUCCUACCACCUCGUACGCUACCACAACUCCCUCGGAACCAUCACCGUCAAACCCAGAGCCGUUAUCAGGCCCAUCCGAGAAAGAAGAAGAAACCACGCCGCGCACCAAAAAGCACCGACGCAUGGGCGCCAUUGGGCUAGGCAUGGGAAUUCCGCUACGGGUACGACAAUCGCUUGACGGGCUCAACAUCAACAACACAGUUCGGUUGCCGGUCUUAUAG